AUGGCGUCUAAUCUUUUUAAUAUAUCAACAUACAGUCGAUUUAAUUUAUCAGAGAGUGAAUCUGAUAUUCAAGUUUUUGUCAAGGAAUAUGGGUAUCGGAUAAAAAGACAACUUAUUCGUGAAGAUGAGAAGGGUCUCUCUGGCUUUGUUUCUUUUGCGGAGAAAAGUUUAAGUUUAACAGAAUUGACUUGGUUAAGAGACAACGAAGAAAGAUUUUUUAAAGACACUCCUAAUGAAUCUCUGCUACGUUUGGACUAUUUGUCAGAAACCGGCUUUAUUACCGCUAUGAUAUAUAGUCCUGAUGGCGAAUUUUUAAUCGUGGGUCAUUCAUCUGGACUAAUUCAAAUGCGUCACGGUACUACAGGCGUAGUUCUCUGUACUCUGCGUAACAUACAAUUUCCCCCGAGACCCAUAUAUGCUAUCGAAUACAGUCGUUUAGAAGAGCGUGUGUGCUAUGCCGCCUGCAGCGAUGGGGCCAUAUACAGAAUUGAAAUACCUAAUAUAGCAACAUCAGUAGAAGAUCCUCCCGGGUAUUGUAUUCGUGCCGAUCCUGCUUUGGAAUGUCUUAACACACAGUUUUAUGGUUCUCCUGGAAUAUCUUCAGCCUCCACCCCGCUUAUAACACAGAGAUCGCCGGCACUAUCCUUGGGCAUAUCGGCUGAUCAGGCGAAAAUCAUUGUGGGCUACGCUGACGCCUCGAUAAAAGUGUACGAUAUGGAAACUCUAGAGGCGGACCUAACAUAUAAGGUCCACAAACUCCGAUUACAGUUUAUACCUAAGAAACUUCAGAGAAUGCAUUUUGGGCAAGUCUGUGCUCUAAGGUGCCACGACCAGAAGCCGUUUCUAUUUGCAUCAGGAGCCUGGGAUAAAACGUUGAGGAUUUGGGAUAUAAGAUGUAAUGUUGGAUGCAUAAUGACUUUCGAGGGAGUUAAUAUAUGUGGUGACAGCAUCGAUUUGAAUAGGGAUUUUUGCAUUUCUGGAAGUUGGCAGCCAACUGAAGCGCUCUCGGUUUGGGAUUUGACUGCCAAAAAGAGAUUGAGCACCAUCAGAGUACAAAACCGACGACCCGAUGUUGAUGGCGAGUAUAUUUACGGUUGCCGCUAUUGGAGAUCUUCAAAGUAUAACCGAAAAGGUAAAUACGGUAUCAUAGGCGGUAGUGGAACAAACUGUGUUGAGGUCAUCAAUCUUCACAACCGCUACAUAACUUGUUCCUACCCUUGUCCUGGAACAGUACUAGCAAUUACGAGUCAUGAUGAAAGAAUAGCGUUCGGUGGAACCGCUCCUCUAUUGAACAUCGUCAGCUUCCACGAUCCAAAGCACGAGAAAUAUAAAAUAAAAGAGGAGGAACAAUUCGAAUUUACAAUGAAAGAUGUCACGUGGUUCGACGAAGAUCAGAGUACGGAAGAAGUUGUUGAACAUCCACCUAAGAGUACACACAGUGUGAAUUGUCCGGUCGUAUCUAAAAUGAGUACGCAUAGUGUGAAUUGUCCCGUCGUAUCUAAAAUGAGUACGAAAUCAGUUACAUAG